UUUGUCGAUUGUAGACUGUCGAUCCGCAGGAACCAAGGCGCAGGUGGCCCGAGCGCCCAGCGGGGGAAGCUCCAGGCGGCCUCCAUCGCCAGCUCCGUCUCCGACGUCAAUGCCCACCACGCAUGGCCAGCAGCCCAAAUGGCACUGACAUCAUGGAAAGCGUUCAACUUCAUCGACGUCGUCCCCGUCAAAUUACCAGAGGACAGCUCCGCGCUGUUCGGGACCGACCUAUCUAGCCUUUGCACCGGAUCGGCGAACCUCUUCCUCGGCACUGUCGAUGGCUUUGUGCACAUCGUCUCCUCGUCCUUCCGCGUGCUGCGCUCGUUCAAGGCGCAUGAUGUUGGGUCCAUCACGCAUAUGAAACAGAUCGCCGGGACGUCCUUGCUUGUGACCGUAGCGGAGGAUCUGUCGAAUGAACCGGUGCUCAAAGUGUGGGCCCUCGAUACGGAGAAGAAAGACGGUGGACCGAAGUGUUUGUCGACUGUGUCGGUGCAGAAUGCGCGGAGGCAGUUUCCGAUAUCAGCCUUUGCAGUUGUGGACGAUCUCUCGCAGGUAGCAGUCGGUUUCGCGAAUGGGUCGGUGACUAUCAUUCGUGGCGAUCUGAUUCACGAUCGCGGUGCGCGACAGCGCAUUGUCUUCGAGUCGGAGGAGCCAAUUACCGGUCUUGAAACGCAGCAUGGCGCCGUGACUGUCCUUUAUAUUUCAACGACGAGCCGAAUCCUGACCCUUGUUAUCGCGGGACGGGGACAAGGCCAGCCUGCGCGUGUUUUGGAAGAUACCGGUUGCGCCCUGGGGUGCAUGACGCUGGAUAAGGAGACGGGCCAAAUUCUCAUUGCUAGAGAGGAUGCGAUUUACAAUUAUGGAUCUCGGGGUCGAGGCCCGAGCUAUGCAUUUGAGAGCCCGAAGACGUCUAUCAAUGCCUUCCAUGACUAUGUGGCUCUGGUCUGUCCGCCGAAAGCGGGCUCUGCUAAAGGCGAUCCGUUGCGCAAGUAUGGUGUCAAUCCUGCAGACGAGAUACUUGGCACGACGACGUUCACUCUGCUUGAUACCGAUCUGAAGUUUAUCGCGUACAGCGAGUCGCUCGUGUCCCCGAUGAAGCACAUUUUCAUAGAAUGGGGCGAUCUCUUCUUACUCACAACAGAUGGAAAAGUGUUCCGGUAUCGCGAGAAGAGCCUCCAGCAAAGGCUGGAAAUUCUCUAUGAGCGCAAUCUCUACAUUUUAGCCAUUAAUCUUGCACAGAAGAUUGGGAUUGAUCCAUUGCAGCAGAACGCUAUCUACCGCAAAUACGGUGACUUCUUAUAUCAGCGUGGUGACUAUGACACGGCUAUGCAGCAAUACCUUAGGGCAAUUGACAAUACUGAGCCGUCACAAGUUAUUCGGAAGUACCUGGACACACAACGAAUUCAUAACUUGAUCGAAUACCUUGAGGAGCUUCACGAUCAUGGACGUGCGACAGUGGACCACACUACCCUCCUCUUGAAUUGCUAUGCAAAGCUGAAGGAUACCACCAAGCUGGACUCAUUCAUCAAAGCUCCUGGUGAGCUCAAGUUUGAUCUUGAAACGGCUAUCGCCAUGUGUCGCCAAGGUGGAUACUUUGAGCAGGCAGCGUUCCUAGCCACGAAGCACGGCGAGAAUGACAUGGUUGUUGAUAUUUUGAUCGAAGAUUCGAAGAAAUACGCCGAGGCCGUGGAGUAUAUAUGGCGUUUAGAUCCUGAAGUGGCUUAUCCCAACUUGAUGAAGUAUGCACGGGUACUUCUGACCCACUGCCCCGAGAAGACGACCGAGCUCUUCAAGGUAUACUACACGGGCCAAUACCGACCGCGAACCACGGUGGAAUCACCGCCAGAGCCGCAGGCACAGCCAGCAAGUGCAGUUCAAAGUCUUGCUGGACUUCUCCCACUACGAUACGUGACCGGAGGCUCUGCCUCGCGGACCCAAGGUCCGGAAACGGAGACAGCCCCUGCUGAAGAGGAGCGAACUACGAAGCUGCCACCGCAAUAUGAAGUCCCGAAGCCACGGACGGCAUUCUCGGCGUUUGUAGAUCACCCGCAGAACUUUGUCGAUUUUCUAGAGACACUUGUGCAACAGCCUGGGCUGAAACAAGACGCUAAGGUGGACCUUUUUACAACACUAUUUGAGAUGUAUGUGGAUGCCGCAAAGACUACAAAAGAUCCGGCCCAAAAGCAAGAGUGGGAGGGAAAAGCUAAAAAGCUCAUCGAAGGGAAAGACAUUCCAAUAUCUACCUCUAACGUGCUUCUUCUCUCUGAUCUAUCAAACUUCCGAGAAGGUUCUACGCUUGUCCGUGAGCAAGAAGGCCUGCGGCUCGACAUCUUCCGUUCAUUCACAUCUGCAAAGGACACACAAGGCGCAAUCCAAGCACUACGACGAUAUGGGCCCGAUGAACCUCAGCUCUAUAUUGACGCCUUGACAUACUUUGCCUCCAGCCCUCAGAUCCUAGAGGAAGCAGGUGACGAGCUAGACAAAGUCCUGCAACGCAUUCAUGACGAUGGCCUUCUUUCCCCCUUGCAGGUAAUCCAAGCUGUCAGCAACAACGCCGUUGUCACGAUGGGCCGACUCAAGAAGUAUCUCGGCGACAACAUCGCCAGCGAAGACAAGCAGAUUAAGACGAACCAACGCCUGAUCGCAAGCUAUAAAUCCGAAACAGCCUCCAAACAACAAGAACUCAACAACCUCGCCACCCAGCCCGUCGUCUUCCAGUCUCGCCGCUGCCAAUCCUGCGGCGGAACCCUCGACCUACCCACCAUCCACUUCCUCUGCCGCCACUCCUUCCACGAGCGCUGUCUCAACCGUGUCGACGAGGAUGCCCAAUGCCCCGUCUGCGCACCGACAAAUGCUACGCUGCGAGCUAUCCGCCAGCGGCAGGUUGAAUCGGCGGAUCAGCAUGAUCUGUUCAAGGCGGAGUUGACUAGGUCGAAAGACCGGUUUGGUGUUGUGAGUGAGUUCUUUGGGAGGGGGUGA